AUGCUUGUAACCUGGGAUCUUGUACCAUCACUAGAGCCGAGCUCAAAGAUGCUGUUGAAGGCUUAA